AGAUGCUCUGGAAAUUUCUAUUGGUUCCUACAUAUAAGUAACUGCGUGCUACGCUCAGAAACAUAAUUCGAAUAAGUUGCGAAUUGAGUUUGCUGUUGUGACUUGUGACCGUUGUAAGUUGCGAGGGAAAUAUUGCCGAAUUUUCUGUGAAGUGAAUAGUACUUGGGCAUAUAAAAAACGUGUGAAACAUGGCUCUUCUCAAAUUCUUCGAUGAUCCUUUAGAUUAUUGGAGACCUUCGACUCUUUCCAACCAGAGAUUUGGAUUAGGCCUUGAUGAUGAAGACCUUUUUGUGGCAGCAGCAUUAGCUCCAAGAAGAAUUAGAAGAUUGCUUAGUCAUCCAUAUAUUAGGGACUGGACUUCGAGAGAAUCCAGGAACGAUCAAGGUUCAGUCGUGAAGUCCAACAAAAGUGGGUUCCAUGUCAACUUGGACGUCCAACAAUUUUCCCCUGAGGAAAUAAGCGUUAAAGUGUCUGGAGAAAAUACGAUAACAAUCGAAGGAAAACAUGAAGAGAAGGAAGAUGAACACGGAUUCAUUUCAAGGCAUUUUGUCAGGAAAUACACGGUUCCAAAAGGUUAUGACAUCAAUAAGGUAGCCAGUAAGUUAUCUACCGAUGGUGUUCUAACCAUUUCAGCUCCAAAAAUUCAAAAAGAUGAAGAAGAAUGCAGAGAAAUUCCUAUUCAGCAAACUGGUGCACCUGUACUUCAGAAGAGAAAGAGUGAAUCUCCUGAAAAGGAAGACAAUGGGGUAUCCCAAAUGGAUAUUACAGAGGAAUGUCCCAGAACCAAAAAGAAGAGAACUAAUUAGACCAUUCGAGUUUCUAUUAAUUACUUGGAGUUUGCAGUAUUUAUUAUGUGAUCUCAUUAAUUUUUGUUCCCAUCAACAAUUUCAUGUUGAGCUAUAUUAAGAGAUUUUGUGUAUGUUACAUAUUGUUCAAUAUAGUUGUAAGUUUUUCAUAUCAAUUUUCUAAUAAAAGUGUCAAGCGAG